AUGGAGCUUCGUUCAAGAAAAGUAUUGAGAAUAGAGUCGCUGCCCGGGGGCGAUCGCCGGGGCGCACCUGGAGCCGACGCUGGGUGUCUCAGUAUGCGAACCGUCGGUGGCGAGGAGCUGAGCAGGCGGGCUCCCGCUGGGCAUGAACCCGAAAUUACUACAGCCGAUUCAAUAGACCAGCAAACUGAAUCUUCAUCACCAACUUCAAGUCUUUUCGAAUCACUUGCAUCGAGUCCGACAUAUAGAAAUUCCCGCAGCUCAUCAACCAGUAGUAUGCUACUUGAGGAUGUUGUACAGAAGACAUCAUUUGUCGCAAAUUCUGAACCCACCUCUAGCAGCCAAAAAGAGCACAGGCUAAACGCCAUCAAAGAAGAAGUAGCUAAAGAAAUCGAGGCAACGGAAAGCCUAGAAGUAACACACGAACGAACUGGCAAUAGUAAUAACGACACAUAUAUAGAUACUGAAGCAACACUUACAAACAGCACAUUAUAUACUCAAGAUUGCACGUUUAAUCUGGCUCCUCCCUCAACAAAUAUUCAGUUAAGUACAGAACAAGAAACACAGACAGAAAUUAAUAACCACAGUAGGGCGCAUGUAGUGGAAGAAAGUGAAGAUUCUUUAGUAAACCAACUAGCAGAUGAACUACAGAAUACGUUAACACAAUAUGCAGAAAUAGAACCAGAAAUGAGACCAAAACUUCCAAAGCUAAGAGAAUGUAAGAAACUAUACAAGCUAGUAAAUUUAUUCAAUAUGAGCAUCCUCCAAAAAUUUGUCGACCCUGACUCAGACAUCUUACAUUUACACACCAUAAUCUACUGUAGUGCCAUUGUUAUCAGUAAGCGUUUGGGAUACAAAAUAAACAUCAAUACACCUACCCCCAAAAAGCAAAUCACAAAACCACCGUGGCAAAUUAGACUAGAAAAAGACAUCACAGACUUAAGAGCAGAUAUUGGAAGAUUAACACAAUAUAUUAAUAACAAUAGAUCUAAGAAAUUAGUCGAAAAAGUAGAAAAGAUCCUAAAGAAUAAUAAGAAACAUUCCACCCAUGAGAACAAUAACUGUACACCACAUGAUGUAUUGGACACAUUAAAACAAAAACUUGCACUCAAAGCACACCGUUUAGCUCGUUACAUAAAGGCUUUAAAUAGGAAGAAUGACAACAAGAUCUUUACAACGAAUGAAAAAGGUUUUUACAGGUCACUAGGUAAUAAUAAUAUAAAUAAUUCACUUGAAAACAAUGGAGUACCAACUGAAGAAGAAAUAAGGAACUACUGGGCAGAUAUAUGGGAACGAGAACAAGAUCACAACGAAGGAGCUAACUGGAUUAAGGAAGAAGAAAGCAAAUGGGAAAGUAUACAAGAAAUGGAAUUCACAGAUAUCACCAGGGAAGAUAUAGAAAUAGUUACAGCAAAAAUGAAAAAUUGGAAAGCCGCUGGGCAUAACCCAUCUGCUACCAAAGAGUACAGAGACAUCUAA